AUGGUGUCGCGUGCACUCCCCGAGUAUGACUACAUCUUUGCCUUCGGACUGAUCUUCGCCUUCCUCGACGCCUGGAACAUCGGCGCCAACGAUGUCGCCAACUCCUUCGCGACGUCGGUCUCUUCCCGCUCGCUCACUAUGCUCCAAGCCAUGCUUAUCGCUACGGUCUGCGAGUUCGGUGGUGCCGUCCUGGCCGGCGCUCGUGUUUCCGGAACUAUCAAGAACGGCAUCAUCUCGACCUCGGAGUACGACACCAACCCAUCGGUGCUCAUGCUUGCCAUGCUCUGCGCUCUGGUCGGUUCUUCCCUCUGGUUGACACUGGCUACCAAGAUCGGCCUACCUGUCUCCACCACUCACUCGAUCGUGGGCGGUAUCAUUGGUGUUGCAUUCGCUACCAUCGGCGCUGGUGGUGUUGAUUGGACCUGGGAGGGUGUUCCUCAAGUAUUCGCCGCGUGGGGCAUAGCUCCUUGCAUUGCCGGUGCGUUCGGCGCCAUCAUCUUCCUGAUCACCAAGUAUGGUGUUCUUCAGCGCAAGAACCCCCUCAUCUGCGGCUUCUGGAUGAUCCCACUCUACUUCGGCGUCACUGCGGCUGUAUUGAUCAUGUCAAUCGUCUGGAAAGGUGCCGCUUCCCUCGACCUCGAUGACUGGGGAACAGCCCCCACAGUCGGCACAAUCUUCGGCGGCGCCGCUGGUGUCGUCCUCCUGUACGCCGCGUUCCUGCUACCAUUCCUUUACCGCCGCCUCUACUUGGAAGACUGGAGUCUGAAGAGCUGGGAGAUCAUCAAAGGUCCCAUGCUGUGGUUCAAAGGCGAAGUGCCCCCAAUGCCCGAAGGUAUGGAGAAGCAAACCGUCCAAGACUACUACCGCGGCCACAACACCAAGACCGCCAACCCGGUCCUCGCCCGCGCCAUCCCAGAGACCAACGUCACCGACACUCCCGUCGACGUUGAGAAGACCGCUGGCAACGCCACCUCCUCUUCCUCCAACAGCGACAUCACCCCAACCGACACCCAGACCCAACCACACCACUCCAUCCCAACCCUCAGCAUGGAAGAAGCCGCCAAAGCCAAAGCAAUAGCCCAUCCCUGGAACACGCCCACCGGCUUCCUCGCCCGCACCAAAUACUACUUCUUUCGCGGCGUGAACCGCGACAUCGUCGAAGAGCAGGGCACCGCGCACACCGCCCCGAAGGCUUCGCCGCAAAGAUCCUGGCUAAGGACUUGA